AUGAGCUCUUUGACGAAAAUAAGUUCCUUUUAUCGCUCUAUAUUCAAAAACUUCCCUUUAAUCACAUUUGAGAGUCCUUAUCCAGCAGUAAAUGAGGAAUUGAAAACGAAACCGGUUUUGUAUGUUAGCAAUUGGAAUGGCGAUCCAACCUCAGAGUCAAUGGAUUUAGAAUCUUUGCAAUGGCAAACAUGGGUCAAGCUUUAUGACCCAGAAAUCAUUCUACUCAACGUUUCAAAUCAUGCUUCACCUGACCAAAAUACGCCUUUCCUAGAAAUAGUUUUUCACAAAGUCGUCUUGAAAAAUGGUUUAUUAUUACAUCUAGUAAAUGACGAGCAAAUGUUGCAAAUUAUAGCACCUUGGAUGAGUCUUCUGACUGGCCCCAUCCACGUUGCUUUGAACUAUAGCAUGUAUCUUGAUGAGGCCAAUUUCCGUGAAUUACAAAACCAUUGGUUUACAAAGGCAACUUGGCCUUUGAGCUUAAUAAGGACAAUAGCCCAGCCUCUUGAAAAGAAAAAACAGCUUCGUAUUUUGACUGAGGAAAAAAAUCUGGAUGCAGACACGAUUUUUGAAGAUGCAGCCAGAGCCUUUUCAUCUCUUUCAGAUUUGUUAAGCAAUGGGGCCUAUUUUUUUAACGGAGAUGCUCCUUCCAUUUUAGACAUUUCUCUGUUUAGCUAUGCAGAAAUGAUCCUUCACCUCCCAUUGAAGAAUGAUCAAUUACGCCUCUCUUUAACGUCUAAUAAAAAUCUCUUAGAUCUAGCCAACCGUGUACGUGCUUUGGCUGGCUAUAGCUCUUACGGUUCCGUUUUACUUGAUGAUGAAUGA